AUGAAAAACGUUCCAAAACCAAAACCCAAGUUUCUGCACUGUUUCCGACCGGUCGUGGACAUGGACAUGGUGCUCGAGUCGAAAGGUGUAAGGAUUGUUGAGAAGAAGGAGAACAAGAACAAGAACUCUUUGUCGACUAAAACCAUGUCUUUGGACAGAGGGUGCUCUGUCAAGUCAGAGAACACGAAAAUGCCUCCUCCUCCAAACCGAACGUUUUCUCGGGCGAUCAAAGCCGUUGUGUUUGAAACAAUUCUGGCCAAGAGAGCUCGUGAUCGAAAAGGUUACAGGCAAGACUCGUUUGGAUCAAAAAGUUUUUCGGUGAAAAGUGAAGCAUCUCUGAAUUUCGGCAGCGAUGAAUUGAUGAAGGUUGAAGAAACCAAACCCAAUUUGGAGACGUUGCAUUCUUCUUCUCCUAGUUCAUUAUCACCAUCAUCAAUAUCACGUUCAAGUUCGAUUUCAGAAUCCAAAAGAUUGCCCAAAAAUUUAUCAGACUCAACGAAACAGAGCAAAAAAAACCAACAAGACCCUGCAGUGAAAUCAAGGAACACGCAAAUGAGUUCCUCUGAUUUCAACUCUGGGGUAUAUUUUCUUCUCAUAAGCCUUGCGAUCACGGUGUUUUGGGGCAGGGUCUUUGCAAUCCUUGUCGCAUCAACUUGGCUCUACUUUUUUCCAGGGCGUUAUAAUGCAAGUAAUGUGAAGCCGGAAAACGUGAGAAAGUGGUCGGAGGCAGAGUGCAGAGACAACAACAAGAAGGUCAUAAUGGAAGGGUUGAUUGAAAGGAAGAACCACCACAGCCACAGAGAAAACAGAGGGCAUUAA